GCCCACGCUCCACCCGCCGCCCACCACACACGGUCAUAGCCACCGGCACUGGCCGAGUACCCGCCCGCCCGGACACCACAACGGAGUAACGGCCCACAGCAGCAGCAGCAGCCGGCCGCCCGCCCGCCCAGGCUCCACCACACACACACACACACACGCGGCAGAACGGCCCACAGCAGCAGCCCACCCUCACACCACGACACAACGACCACGACACGGCCAUAACCACCGGCACUGUCCGAGUAAUACCGCCCGCCAGCACACCACACCACACCACGCGCGGAAUAACGGCCCACAGCCGCGUCCGGACACCGCCACCACACACGGCCAUAACGGCCCACCCGCCCGGACACCACCACACACGGCCAUAACCACCCCCAAGGGCCACGGACCACGGCUCCGGCGAGGCUCGUCCACCACACAACACACGGCCAAAACCACCCCACCGGCCGCCCGAGCACCGCCUCUCCCCGGUCACCACCGCACACACUCCGGCGAGGCUUGUCCACCACACGCCGGCCAUCACCGCCCGGGCUCCGGCGAGCGAGGCUCGUCCACCAGCGGCAUCACCACCCCACCGCCCGGGCUCCGGCAAGGCUCGUUCACAGCAUCAGAUUUAAAAUAUUGCUAAUGACCAUGACAGCAGAAAAUCUGGACAUGACAAAUGGGUCCAAUAAACUCGGUUCUGUGACUCAGAAUGAAGCAGCACUACUUGCCUUGAUGGAACAAACAGGCUAUACCAUGAUACAAGAAAAUGGCCAAAGAAAGUUUGGAGGUCCACCACCAGGUUGGGAAGGUCCACCGCCACCUCGUGGGUGUGAAGUCUUCGUAGGAAAGAUUCCUCGAGACAUGUACGAGGAUGAAUUGGUGCCUGUGUUCCAGAGAGCAGGGAAAAUUUAUGAAUUUAGACUGAUGAUGGAAUUUAGCGGUGAGAAUCGCGGUUAUGCAUUUGUUAUGUAUACGACAAGAGAAGAAGCCCAGAAUGCAAUCAAAAUGCUUAACAAUUUUGAAAUUCGACCUGGAAAAUUUAUUGGUGUCUGUGUUAGCUUAGACAACUGCAGAUUGUUCAUUGGGGCAAUUCCAAAAGAGAAAAAAAAGGAAGAAAUACUGGAAGAAAUGAAGAAAGUUACUGAAGGUGUUGUCGAUGUCAUUGUCUACCCCAGUGCCACUGACAAGACAAAGAACCGAGGAUUUGCUUUUGUAGAAUAUGAAUCUCACAGAGCUGCUGCAAUGGCCAGAAGAAAGCUUAUUCCAGGCACAUUUCAGUUGUGGGGACAUACUAUACAGGUGGAUUGGGCAGACCCUGAAAAAGAAGUUGAUGAGGAAACUAUGCAAAAAGUUAAGGUUCUUUAUGUGCGAAACCUAAUGAUAUCUACAACAGAGGAAACUAUCAAGAUGGAGUUUAACAAAAUCAAACCUGGAGCUGUUGAACGUGUGAAAAAACUCAGAGACUAUGCAUUUGUGCAUUUUUUUGAUAGAGAUGAUGCAGUUACUGCUAUGAAUAUUAUGAAUGGGAAGUGUAUAGAUGGUGCUAGUAUUGAAGUCACCCUUGCAAAGCCAGUUAAUAAAGAUGGGUCUUGGAAAUACACUCAAGGCAGUCAAGUCAGUCUGAAUUGUGAAAGUCAGCGCCUGACGUUUACUAACAAAGAAGAUGGAGGGCCUAAAACGCCAGGAAGAUCUCCAAGCUUACCAGCACGCUUGAAUGGUCAUCACAGUCCAUGCUCGCCUGAACUGGAAAGGUGCACUUAUCCUCUUUUUCCAGGGAUAAAGCUUACACCUUUGAGCAUUUAUUCUUUAAAGCCCAGUCAUUUUCAAUCCUCGAUUACACACUUGGAAUACUACUGUAACAAAAAUAACUGGGCACCACCAGAAUACUACCUAUACUCUACGACAAGUCAGGAUGGCAAACAGCUGCUCGUUUAUAAGGUAGUUAUUCCAUCCCUUGCAAACAGUUCACAAGGCACACUGAGCCAUUUCAUGCCUGAUAAACUCUGCACUAUGCUGGAAGAUGCCAAGGAGCUAGCUGCACAGUAUGCAUUAACACAUUUAGAGUACAGUUUGCGUCGGACUAACUCGGUCAAUAGUCUAUCUCAAGUCGGUGCAUCUCUCCCAACCUCUGCAUCUAGUUUGCUACAAUAUACAUCUAGACCUUACUCUUAUCCUAGCUAUCCACUGUCAACAACACUACCACUUGGUAGCAAUAAUCACAUUGGACAACGCCUGUAUGUUUCCAGUCACGGGUCUUUCUUCUAACGCAUUGUAAGUCGAAUAUCUAGAAAUUCUAAAGGAAUUUUGGGGAAAUGCAAGUUAGCUUUCUGAAAUAUUUGUGUUUAUUUGUUAUGCUAUGAAAUUUAUUGAGGCACAAAUAUGUAAUUUUUUGUGUAUAAAAACUUUGUGAAAUUGUUUAUGUUCUUGUUAGAGACUUUUGGACACAGUUGGUGAAUUUGGCAAGAUUUUCAUCACAUUUGGGAUCCAAGUAUGAUGUCUUUUAGUUACCUUACUCCAGAGAGCGAUUAAUGCAGCAACAUUAAAACUGCUAUGAUUUAUAGCUGCAUCAAUGCUGUAUUUUCCUUUCAUGUUCUAGUGUUUCAUACCUCACUAAGGUUACUUUACACCUAACUCGUCCACAAGGAACAUAACAAGGUUGGGCACACUCUGCUGUAACAUUCCAGAUGUAACUCAUUACUGUAUUAGUUCAAAUUAAUAUUGGAUGACAUAUAAACCAAGUGUUCUGCCACAAGUGUUGUGGUUUGGCAACCCAGAGAGUUAGGUGAAAUUACUCCCACUGUUUCAAUGUUAGAUUGUCAACUUUUCUUGUUUUUGCCAUGCCUGCAUGUUCUAGUUCAAAUAUUAUUUAUAUUGUAUCAGUUAAAUUGUUGCAAUCAUGUGUUCAAUUAAACAU